AUGAAAAGUUUUUUCGUUGGUUUUAUGGCGAUUUUCGUGGCCGUUGAGUCGUUGACUUGUUAUUCAGGUGAACUUUUUAAACAUUUUUCAUGUUGAUUUUGAGCUCAAGUUUCAGAAGGGCUUUUAAAAAUUUGAAAGUGAACUUUGAUGGGGGAUUUUAACAAGACAUCUAUUGAAAUAAUUUUAAAAUUUAGCGAAAAAAAAGUUUUUUUUGGUUAUGAGAUUUUUGAUAAAAUUAUUUGUUUUAUCAAGGUCGAAACUAUGAUUUUACAAACACUAAAAAAGUUCUAAUUUAAAAAAUUCACUUCAAAAACGUUUAUUGCCCUUUUCCCGCAGAAGCCCAAAAAUUUCUCAUUAUUUGUAAUUUUUAUUAGUUUUCUUAUCGAUCAAGUUCAAAAAUUAACCAAAAAUCACGAUGUUUUGAGAAAGUCCACUACACUCCAGACUUUUUUUAGGAAGCCGUGGUGAGCUUAAAGGCAAAAUCACAGAAUCUUUCGUUCAAGAAAAAUGCGAUGAUUCAAUGACUUAUUGUAUAGAAUCUUACAACUCGAAAAAAGACGUAGUUACCGCAAGUUGCCAAAGACACUCCACUUCCAAACGAAUUCUAAAUGUUUGUCAGGUAUGCUUUUUGAUCCAAGAUUUUUUUUUGGGAGAACUUGAAGUAUCGAGAACACUAUCUUUUUCGGAAAAAAAAAUUAAUUUCAAGACUAUAAUUUUGAGAUCCAUGUAUUCUUUUAUUAAAGAUUUUUUCAGAAAGGAAUUGAAGAACGCGACGAAUUAACAAUUCGAUGUUGUAAAACUGAUGUGUGCAAUAAUAUUGGAUUGUCGAAGAAUUUUUAA